GCACUACCUAUUUGCGCACCACGGUUGGAUUGAUCACUGAAACAGCCACUUGGCGACCCCGAGUCACUGUUGACUCUCUGCUUCACUCCAUCGGCACCUUUGCAUCAACAUUUCGCCUCCACCGCCGACGACCCAAAUGGAUCGCAUCGGCAUCAAGGCUCGCGGCGAAAACACGACCUUGACAUAGCCACGACGACGACCGAAAGGUCACCACUUGCUCAGUGAAGAUAGCGGUGCCGCCUAAUGCAUCGCAAGAAAAAAACUUCCUACGACAAAGCAUGGAAGACUCGCUUGCACGCGAGCGAACAGCCGAACAACGUGUGCAGGAGCUGCUAAACGACAAAAGCCGGCCCAUCGGCGACCUUUUGCAAGCCUACAACGACUACCGACAGAUAUGUCUCGUCAACACAUUUGCAGACUUCGCCAUCGCUGAAAAGCGUCAUGCGAGGCUAUGGCAGGCUCAUGUUCAAGGCAAGAGUUACUUCUCCAGUGCGCUGCGCGACUUGCGCAAGGUUGAGAGCGGUCACGCAGUGGAAACUCGCAAGCUGGAGAAGCUGUUCAAAGACUGGCUCAAGGAUUGCACGCGCUUUUACCGCACCUACAUCCAUCAGCUCAACAGCACGUUUGGUGGCAUACCAGAGCUAGAGGCUGUAGCGCAUGCGCUAAAGCAAGAAGGGGAGGGUGAAAGCUCUUCCUCGCCGUCAGCGUUGGAGCUGCGCCCUAAGGCUCUUGCUUCUUGCCACCAAACUCUCAUCUACCUGGGUGAUCUCUCUCGGUAUCGUGCCACGGAAAACCUAGACAAGGUGCAGGACUUUGGCCCGGCGAUCGGCUACUACGGUCUGGCCUCCACUCUACGCCCCGACUCCGGACUUGGGCAUCACCAGCAAGCGGUGGUCGCGCUUGAACAGCGCAAUCACCUGCGCGCUAUCUACCAUCUCUACCGCGCCAUCGUGGUAGACGACCCGCAUCCAGCUGCUGCCAAGAACCUCAAGCUUGAAUUUGGCAAAAUAAAUGUCGCUUGGGACAAACAGGAGCUGAUCCCGAAAGGCUUACCGAAUGACCCGGAAAUGAAAAAGCAUAUCCUCACCGGAUGGUUCGUCCGAUUGCACAGUAUGUGCUCGAAGGGCGAGCCGUUCAGUUCUCAUUACGAGCUCGAGCGCGAAGUGCUCGGUCAGCUCGACGGUGUAACUCGCUACUCGGCUACGGCCUUCGACUCGACGUUAGUGCGUAUGGCGAUGGUCAACCUGUCGGCGCAAUACUUCGCUGGUGUGCUCUUCCAGGAACGGCAAGCCGUAGAAGAUCAGUUGGCUUUCUUUUAUCUCUUCAGAUUAAACAUCAAGUGGUAUACUGUUUUGCUACAUGCCUUCUACGACGAUCUGUGCAAUGCAGCUCGUAAAACCACGGAUGACGACAACCUGGCAAGCAACCUUACGGUAACAUCACGACUACUUCUUCCUGCACUUCGCUUGUACAGCUCGUGGCUUACCUCCAACAUUGCAUUGCUCGCAGGUCUUGCCGAAGACGACUUUCUGAAGGACGCUAUUGUCGAUCUCUGGGCCGCAUAUGCUCAUGCAACGGACAUACUUGCCGACGAUCAGCUGUUCGGUGUCUGGGCUCUCGACGAGUACGAAGUGGACUACAUGCUCGAGGAGGACGCGGACACGGUGGGCUUCCAUCCCCUGCAUCAGCCGCCGCAGCUUCUCUGGAAGAAUUGGCGAGCAGCUGACGGCACGUUGAAGCCGCGAUUCUCCGACGCUAAUGUUGUGCGGUUCCCUCCGGACAAGGAGAUGCUGGCAAGAGUCAAGGGGCUACUGGACGACGGGUCUUACUUGGCCCACGAAGAGAAAGCGGCACCCAUCGGUAUUGUUGGUGGUCGCAUCUACUACGGCACGGGUCUCACCGAUGCACUCGCAGCCGAGGAAGAAGCGAGAAAGAACCCGCCGAAAACGUCAAGACCAGUCAAAGCUACGCCAAAGCCUCUCAGCUAUGCUGCUGCAGCCGCCAACGGUUCCACACCAACCCGUGCUCGCAAUGGAGUGCCCAAGAGCGGACACAUCUCGAACGGCUCACAGUCGCGCUCGGCCCAGCUCAAACAUAUGAUCGAGUGUCUCGUUGACGACAGAGAGCACGACAGUCCAACGACACCCCCGCAGCAGCACACACAGCGCCCUGCAGCCGUUACCCAUGGCCGGCCGAAUAGUAUUGGCACACACGACAACCACAACGACUUCUCCGCGAACGUGACCAGUUAUCAGCUUAAGCAGCAGACUCCGGUACAGCCACAUCCCGUGCGGGCUGCCACUCGGCCAACUCCGCCCGCGUUGCGAACGCCGAGGAAUGCUCCAUCCGCCAGGUCCAGCGAAUGUCUACAAUCGGUCUCCGAUGUGUGGAACGACACAGCAAUGUCCACAUCGCCACACUUUCCAGUCGGCCUACCUACAGGGACCUUGGGCUCGCCCGCGCAAGUGACACGCCAGGCUCAUUCCCGCGUUAACUCUGCGAACAGCAUUCGGAGCGGUUCUUCCCAACACUUGCCCACGGCUGGUGACUCGUGGUCUUCUCUCGAGUCGGCACCUGCAGUGCAGUACGCAGCGGGGCCCAAUGUGGGCGCAAUCCAUGCAUACAGCAACUUCACCUCGUCUGACCUUGCGAGACCAAUGCUAUUUGGUGCAGGUGGUGGCAUCUGGAGUCCAGGUACAAACGACAGGCGAAGGCCUGCCUACUCUCCGAAUGGUUGAUGGCGUUUUAUCGAUACACGUCUACAACACCACGUCUGCUGACAAGCAACGCCGUCGCCAUUCGAGCGCCCGUGCGAAAGUUUAAAUGCUUGCCACGACGGCUACAGAAAUUCCCGGACCUUGGUUGGCAACAGCGCGUCUUCCAUUCAGUCCCGUGCCGGCAUGGCUUUGAGGCGAGUCUGUAGGCUGUGGCUGGAUUAUGACCCGUUCGGGCAGUGAAAGGCCCCCAACAAAGUUGGUGGGUGAUGCUUCAGAUUGGCCGUGGAAUUUUUGGUCAUGCUGUUGUGGAUGUUCUGGAGGUGUCUACAUCAGAUUGAUACCGAUCACUUACGGCGAGUUCCUGCAGUAUAGGAAAGGGAUUCUGUAUCGCAUAGCACAUCUACGGCUUUAUGCACAUGUUGCUGCUCCGUUCCAACUAGCUUGAUUACUCACCGUUUCAACCAGGAG